AUGUACAAGAGAGAGCACUGCUGCAAGGAGCGGAUGAGGGAGGAGGAGAGGCGGAUGGAGGAACUACGGCAGAGAGAGGAGGAGCUGCGGCGAAGGGAGCAGGAGGCGGAGGCGCAGCAGCGACGGGAGGAGGAAGCCCGGCGUGGCCAGGCCAAGGCCAAGGCCAAGCCUGCACGGCGCUUGGCAGACGACGCCUUCGACUUGCUCCAGGGGGCAGAGGACUCCGACGACGACCAGGAGCCCCUUGCAAGAGCGGCGAAGCCAGGCAAGAAGGAGAAGGGCAAGGCCGGCAAGGCGAAACCUGGGAAGCCGAAGGGCUCGCACGUGGACAAUGCCUUCGCCUUCCUCGCGGGUGCCUGCGAGGAAGAUGGGUCGGAGGAUGAUGGCGAUGAGGCUUGGGAGGCGGCCAUCCUUUCCUUGCAGAAGGAGCAGAAGCCAAAGGAAAAGGCCAAGCGCAACGAUCCGUCGUCUGCUGCACGAUCCUCCGCCGCGGCGCCAAAGCGGAAGCCUGCGAGGACGGGCGCUUGGGUUCAGAAGGCCUUCCUGGCUCUUGGCUGUGACAAGGAUGACUCUGACGAGUCCGACGAGGAUGCGAGCCCACCGGAGCAGAAGCGUUCGGCCGACUUCCAGCUUGUGAAGCUUGCUGGAGCGAUUGCAAAGAAGAUCGAUGACAUCCACAACGACUGA